AUGCAGAAGCUCUACCCGGAGAGCUCGAUCAACACGAGCAGUAGUAUGGCGGGCGGUGGAGGUGGAGGAGGAGGUGGUGGUGGCGGGGGCAACAUGAGCCCGAUGGCCACCACGUACAGCAGCAUGAACAUGGGCAUGACGGUGGGCGGGAUGACGUCGGUGUCGCCGCAGGGUGGCGGGUUCGGGGCGUCGGUCCUGGGGAGCCCGGGGAUGGGCGGGAUGGGAGCGGCGAUGAACGGGAUGUCCGGCAACUGCCUGACAUCGACGCCGCUCGGCUACAGCUCGAUGGGUUCGCCGAUCAGCAACAUGGGCUCGUGCAUGGGCGGAAACGGUAUGAGCACGAUGGCGGCCAUGUCCGGCUACUCGAGCGUGGCCGGAAGCCGUGAGGUCCUCGGGGAUCCCGGCUCGCCGAACUCGGUGGCGCUGCAGCGGGCCCGCACGGAGAAGCCGGCGGCGACGUACCGGCGCAACUAUACGCACGCCAAGCCACCCUACUCGUACAUCUCGCUCAUCACGAUGGCCAUCCAGAACAACCCGCACAAGAUGCUGACGCUGGCCGAGAUCUACCAGUUCAUCAUGGACCUGUUCCCGUUCUACCGGCAGAAUCAGCAGCGGUGGCAGAACUCGAUCCGGCACUCGCUCAGCUUCAAUGACUGCUUCGUGAAGGUCCCGCGCACGCCGGAUAAGCCGGGCAAGGGCUCCUUCUGGACGCUCCACCCGGACUCCGGGAACAUGUUCGAGAAUGGGUGCUACCUGAGGCGUCAAAAGCGCUUCAAGGAUGAGAAAAAGGAGGUGCUACGAUCGUUGCACAAGAGCCCGGCGCACGGCGGAAGCCUCGACGCGGUCGGCAGCCCGGACAAGAAGGACCCGUCGGACGAGGGCCACCCGCAUCACCACAGUCACCACCAUAGCCAUCACCACAGUCACCACCACAGCCAUGGUGGGCUGCACAGGAGUGGCGGCGAUACGCAUGGCAAGCUCAGCGUGGCAUCCGUGGCCGCCGUGGCUGCCGCCGACACGCACGGCAUGCUGAACAGUGCGCACGGUAAAGACGCGGACGCGCUCGCCAUGCUGCACGCUACGGCCGACUUAUGCUUAGCGCAACAACAAUCUCAUUCACAGCAUGGUGGUGGCGGGGCGGGGCACCACCCGGCUGGGCACCACCACCACCACCACCCGGCGCACCAUCCGGCGCACCAGCAGCUGCAGCAGGAGGAGCUGACCGCGAUGGUGAACCGCUGCCACCCUUCGCUGCUUGGUGAGUACCACUCGAUGCACCUGAAGCAGGAACCGGCCGGCUACACGCCCUCUAGUCACCCGUUCUCGAUCACGCGGCUGCUGCCGACCGAGUCGAAGGCCGACAUCAAGAUGUACGAGAUGAGCCAGUACGCCGGCUACAACGGGCUCAGCCCGCUGCCGAACUCGCACGCCGCCGCGGCCGCCCUCGGGCAGGACUCGUACUACCACCAGAGCCUCGGCUAUCACCACGCGUCGACCGGUACGACCAGCUUGUGA